AUGGGAUCGUUACCCUCUAGCCGCGUAACACCGUCUAGGCCGUUCGCGCACUGCGGGGUAGAUUACGCGGACCCGAUUACAUUACGUGAAGAAAACAGACGCAACGCGCGUAACAGCAAGGUGUACAUUGCGAUAUUCAUGUGUUUCACCACGAAGGCGACGCAUAUCGAGGUAGUAAGUAAUCUAACCACCGAAUCCUUUCUUGGAGCAUUCAAGCGAUUUAUUUCACAAAGGGGAAAGCCCAUCCAAAUGUACUCGGACAAUAGGACCACUUUCGUCGGGGCUCAGAGACAGCUUAAAGAAUUGUACGAAUUUUAUCGUGACCAAGAAACGCAGCGCGACCUCUCCCAAUAUUUCAGUAGCCAAGGUAUAACUUGGAAUUUCAUUCCUCCAAACGCUCCGCAUUUUGGCGGAUUAUGGGAGGCGGUGGUUAAAUCCGCGAAAUUUUAUAUGUCGAGAAUAGUUGGUCAAGCUCACUUAACUUUUGAAGAAUCACAAACCGUAUUAGCGUAA